UAGAAAUGCUAUUUUAGAAAUAUAAGUACUAAUUUUAUGCGGCCAAAGUUCCGCCAUACUUAUUUAGUAACCUAUAUCGCAACCACGGCUUCACCAUGCGUCCUCUGAGCGAGGAUGAAGCUCAACUGGUUUUCCAGAAGCUUGCUGCAUACAUCGGCAAUAAAGUUGUGGAUAUGGUUAAUGAUGGUGAUUCUGGAUCACCGUUUGUCUUCAGGCUUCACCGUGAGCGGGUGUACUACAUGAGCGAAUCCAUACUGAAGUACAGCGGAUGUAUCAGCCACAAGAACCUGAUAUCUGCUGGAGUAUGCCUGGGCAAAUUUACCAAGUCGAAGCAAUUCCGACUUCACAUCACCGCUUUACAUUACCUGGCACAUUACUCAAAGAGCAAGGUCUGGUUGAAAACGGGUGAACAGUCGUUUGUAUAUGGCAACAAUGUAGCCAAGAAACACAUUGGCCAAAUGAGUGAAGACAUUCCUCAAAAUGGCGGUGUUGUUGUUAUGUACAACAACCUACCCCUUGGCUUCGGGGUCACUUCCAAGUCAACGGAGGCCUUGAAAACAUCGCUUCCCGAUGAUGUCGCUGUCUUCCACCAGGCUGAUAUUGGUGAAUACUUACGUCACGAAGCUGAAAUCAUUUGAUAUCCAUUCCUGUCGUGGUACAUAGAGUCAUUGGUACAAACCAGUAUUAAUCUAUUUACACAU